GUAGCCUGGCCAUCACAAGUGCUUUCUGUGCAGUCGUCCUUCCAGCCAUGGCUUCCUCUUCCAAGGUCUUUGCUCCUUUAGCGUUGUUUCUACUCCUUCUCGGCAGCACCGCUGCGGAGCUAUCCACAAGCUUUUACUCGUCGUCGUGCCCCAGGCUCUCUAGCACCGUGAAAUCCGUUGUCCGGUCUGCUAUCUCCAAAGAGAAGCGGUUGGGCGCUUCCAUCCUGCGCCUCUUCUUUCAUGACUGCUUCGUUCUCGGGUGCGAUGCGUCAGUGCUGUUAGAUGACACGCCCACCUUUCAAGGGGAGAAGACCGCGAAACCUAACAACAAUUCCUUGAGGGGGUUCGAAGUCAUAGACCAGAUCAAGAAUGCGGUGGAGAAGGCGUGCCCGGGGGUGGUGUCUUGUGCGGAUAUUUUGGCGGUUGCUUCAAGAGACUCGGUGGUCAUUCUCGGAGGGCCUUACUGGGAUGUGAAGUUGGGGAGAAGGGACUCGAGGAAAGCAAGCUUUUCUAAAGCUAACAAAGAUAUCCCCCCGCCAACCCUAUCACUUAGCAAGCUUAUCUCCAAGUUUUCAGCCAAGGGCCUUUCAACUAAAGACAUGGUUGCACUCUCCGGUGCCCACACGAUUGGGCAAGCACGGUGCACCUCCUUCCGUGGUCACAUCUACAACGACACCAACAUAGACGUCUCCUUCGCCAAGACCAGGCGGUCCAACUGCCCUCGUACCACCGGCUCCGGGGACAACAAUCUGGCGCCGCUGGACCUGCGGACCCCCACCCACUUCGACAACUCCUACUACAACAAUCUCAUCAACUUCCAGGGCCUCCUGCACACGGAUCAACAGCUCUACAACAUCAGUGGCUUCAUCAGCUCCGUGGUCAAGGCCUACAGCGGCAGCACCCACACCUUCUUCUCCGACUUCGUAUCCGGGAUGAUCAACAUGGGAGAUAUCAGACCCCUCACGGGUUCCGAGGGCGAGAUCAGGAGGAGCUGCAGGAAGAUCAAUUGAUUAAUCCACUACCGUGUUUUGUGUGCAAUUUGUAGCAGCGCCACACUGCAUGCGUUUCCUGCGCGAAUGUGUCUUCCGCGUCGAGUUUAACCUAUUUCUUAAGAUCAUCAAUUAAGUAUCGUCUUAUCCAUCAUGUAACAACAAGUAUAGUCUUAUGUA